AUGGCAGGUAACACUCGGUACACGAAGAUUGAUGACGGACUGGAUGGGGUCGACGAUUUUCUAGAUGAACCCAAUCCCUUUGAAGAAGUGGAUGUUCAAGGACCAGAUGCAAACAAGACAGUUCCCGAUUUUGUUCCGACCGACCACGUGGAUAUGCUACCACCUGCUUAUGAUGCCACGAUACAGUUGGAGAGUGACACUCAUGCGAAUGAUACAAAUAACGCCCGUGACUUGCCUGCUGGAUUUUUGAACUAUUAUUCGAGAUAUUUCCAAAUGUCAGCUGAGACUCUACGAAGGAGAGUUCUUUCCACUUUGAAGUUCAAUGGUUCCAUUUUCGCCAAUGAGGACAAUGCGGACAUAUCUGAAAGAGAAGAACUGUAUGGUGCUGUAUGGAUAACGACAAGUGUAAUCCUGAUAAAAUUUUUGUUUCCCAGCUUGAUCGACAUGUUUUUCCGUCAAUUGAUUCUGGGUGAAAACGUUGGCAAAGAGGAUAGCGGGAGUACCCUUUACGGUAAAUUGAUUACAUCCGUAUGGUUGUUUGCGAUCUACACUUUCUGCUUCCCGCUAGUCGUGGGCCAAGCGAUUAAAAAUAGACCCGCGGAGGCGAUAAACCAAAAGAUGAACAACUGGGUGAACUUAAUCUCCUGUUACGGUUACAACAAUCUGAUCUGGUUGGUUGUUUUCCCCGUUUGCGAUGUGUUGACUCAGUUCAAGAAUUUGAAACUAAUUUCGUUGGUACAAUGGGCUAUUGUGGCACUCGGUUGGGUCAAAUCGGCUCUUUUUUUUUCCGCACAUUUAAAAGUUGGGGAAACUACGCAGGCGUUGACAUCUACAGGCCCGUUACUUGUGUUGGUUGGGGGGCAUGCAAUUUUUUGUAUUCUGGUGCUAGUGUUAUUGAAAUGA